AUGAUUCACGAAUAUACUACCAUGGAACAAAUGAAAAGUGUUCCAUUCAAAAAGAGACUCUAUACACCAUCAAAGAUGUCUCCAACCACGGUAACAAGUAAUUCAGAACGUUCAGACUUUCCUUCCACAAUCUUGUUUCCAACCACCUCCACCACUACAAACACCAUUACUACUCCUACCAAUGAUUCUACCAACACAAAUACCUCUCCAACUAGCUUCGCAAUCAAAGAAGAUCCCCACCAACAAAAUAAUCCCACAUCAGAAACUACUUCAAAUAUCAUAUCAUCAACCAUUGAUGCCCUAGCAUCAUUACAGCAUCAACCAUUUUCUUCCACAUCCCCAUCUAACGAGUCUACCACAACCAAUGCCUCCUCGUCAACCCAUCAUUCAUCACCCGAGGAUUCAGGAUCAAAAAGGAAUGGUACCAUUACCAUCAGCAAUGGUCAUAACCACUCUAACAACUCUGAUUCGUCGCCAAAAUCCAAGAAGAAACGUCAAUUCAUCAACAGAGACAGAAAAAAGAAAGAGGAGAGUGAAGAUGAAAAUUCUGCCAGCGACGACGAGGAAAAUGACUCUGAUGAGGAUUCGAGCGAGGAUGAAACGUUAUAUUGCAAGUGUAACAGACCAGCUUCAUAUGGAUGGAUGAUCGCUUGUGAUCGUUGUGAUAAAUGGUUCCAUGGAAGAUGUGUAGGCUUGAAGAAAUACCAAGCAAAUUCUAUUAGUACUUAUGUGUGUCCGGAUUGUGAAAAUGCUCAUCAAAAUUCAAAGAAACGAAAAUCUGACACCUCAUCAACAAGCACUUCAAAUACAAAAGGCCGACAUUCUAGGACAGAAAUCUCGAAAUCUGAUUUACCAAAACCACGCUCGGCUGUACAACAACAAAUUUCCAACCAUCUGUAA